UUUGGGCGAUGCGGGAAGUGCGGUACAACAAACGGUGCGAUACGGGGAGUUGGCGCCGCCUUGUUUGAUCCCGGGAUACACGAUUAGAUAUCGGCGGUCGGGCUGAGUCUUCGGUAACAUUGGAAUCAAAAUAGGGUUCAGAGACUCAAUCAUGGGGUUGUUUGGGAGAUCAAAGGAGCCUGACCCAAAGGAACAGGUGAAUGAAUGGGCAAAACGACUCAGGAAGGAAGGCUAUCAACUUGACAGACAAAUCAGAGGUAUCCAAAGAGAAGAAGAAAAGGUGAAACGUUCACUGAAGGAGGCAGCAAAGAAGGGCGACAAAGCGGUCUGCACAGUGCUGGCAAAGGAAGUGAUACACUCCAGAAAGGCCAUUGGCCGUAUUUACACGACGAAGGCACAGAUUAAUUCCGUUCAACUUCAAAUGAAGCAACAGCUGGCCCAGAUCCGCGUGGCGGGCGCUAUGUCGCAGAGCACUGAGGUCAUGCAGGCCAUGCAGCAGCUCGUCAAGAUGCCCGAGGUGGCCAAAACCAUGCAGGAGAUGUCCAAGGAGAUGAUGAAAGCGGGUAUCCUGGAGGAGAUGAUGGAGGACACGUUCGAGGGCCUGGAGGACCAGGACGACCUGGAGGAGGCCGCCCAGGAGGAGGUCGACAAGGUGCUGUGGGAGAUCACCAAGGGCGAGAUCGGCCGCGCGCCGGACGCCGUGGCCGACUCGCUGCCGGCCGCCGAGCCGGCCGCCGCCGCCCAGGAGUCGGACGGCGAGGAGCAGCUGGAGGCCAUGCAGGAGCGGCUGCAGGCGCUCAGGAGCUAG